AUGAAUCAAAAAGAGAACGAUUUGUUGCUUGCAGGAGAAAUAUUUUCCCAAAGCUUUCAAGAAAAGAAGAGGAUAAGCCACAACAAUCAUAUAUAUACCACAGUUUGCUUCUUUGGAGAAAUGAAAAAGAAAAGCCAAAAGAUCCAUGAAAAACAUUCACAGUUAAAUUUGGAGAAAUGUCGUAUAGAGAAAGAUAUCCCAGGAAGGCAUUUACCUUCGUAUCAUUCUAGGAAAAGUAAUAGAAUAGUCAAUGAGAUUUACAGAAAAUAUCGUAGGACUAAUCCAAUUACAAUAAGAUAUUCCAACAUUAUAGAUAAAAUCAAAGAAAAUAUUAGGAAAUUUGACCAUCAGUAUUGUUCAAAGCAUUAUCAGAAUAAAAUAUAUCUUGGUUUUGACAAAAAAGGCAGAUACUCGGAUUUUAAGGAAGAUCUAAAGUUUAUUCUGCUUGGAUUACCUCAAAUAAGGAAUGAAUUUAUUCAGGUUUUCCCGUUGUAUGGGGCUUCUAGAAAUCUUGACGAAUUUGUAGAAAGAGAAAUAAAUGAAAAUCAGGGUAGCAAUGACCAAGAAACCUAUUGCCAUUCAUUGAAUUUAGAAUUUGUAAGAUUGGGUUCAUUUCACAAUUUCCCAUCCUCCAGCUCAGUAUCAACGGUGAAACUUGCUCGUCAGGGUUUUUAUUAUUCAAGGGAAGAAGACACUGUUAUAUGUUUCGCUUGUGGAUUUAGAAAAAAUGAUUGGAAAAAAGAGGAUGAUGUUGAAACUAUUCACAGAGCUGCCUUGCCAAACUGUCCGCUUCUUAAUUCAAAUUCUACAAGUAAUAUUCAAAUUGGAGGGAGUGAAGGAAAUGACAUUGACGAAAAUAGUGUGAGCCAAAAUGAAGGUCAGCAAGAAAUAAUUGGACCGUUUAGUAAUGGAUCACAUAUUGAAUCCGAAGCUUCAGUCAAAAAUGAAGGUAUAUCCAGAAACGUAAGAGAUUGCCUACAAAGUCAUUCUUCCAAUAGACCACCAAGUGAUCAGCUCACGAAAGCUAGAGCCCAACAAGAAAAAAUUAAUGCAUUCAUUCGAGACCUAGAUCCGCUAGGUAUUAACUUUGACCGCCCGAAGUAUCCUUCUUACGCAGUAUUAGCAGUGAGAAUUAGUUCCUUUACAGACUGGCCUUCAAGUAUCACACAGAUUCCUAGAGACCUAGCCAUUGCAGGAUUUCUUUAUGCAGGCUAUGGAGAUUAUACCCGAUGUUUCUUUUGUGGAGGAGGAUUACGAAACUGGGAACCUGGCGACGAUCCUUGGACAGAACACGCCAGAUGGUUUCCGAAGUGUGCUUUUCUGAGACAGAAUAAAGGGGACGAGUUUGUUGCGUUGGUGCAAAUUGAACACCAAGAAGUACGUAUUUUUCGGAAAUGGUGCUAUAUGUUUUUUAUCCAUGCAUUUUUGUUGUGA